CAGAAAUAUGGUUUCCUUUGUCCUAUUGAUUCCCAAGUGCUCCAACAACGAACAACAAGUCUUCCACUACUCCCCGACGACUAAAGAUAAGCAACAGUGGUCAAUUUAUGUCAACACGGAUCUAUGGUAAAGGAUCAGCAAUGGAGAACAGAGAAUCCAUUGGCUCCUGAAUCCGUUGAGCCGUCAUGGAUUCAUCAUUCUUCUCCAUGUUCUACUCCAUUUCUGUACUUAUCCUCCUUGAAGCUCUGAUUUCUUCAGGUUUCAAUCUAAUAAUUGUAGGUUCAGAAUCGGGAAAUAGGGCGAUGGCGAUUGAAGAUGAGGAUUCCAUGGCUCUUUUACCAUUUGGAUCUCGCUCUGGCAUUGGCAGAUUCAUUCGAUCUCCUCAAUGCGGUGGCCCUAGCCGAACAAGGGAUGGAAUUGCAGUGAUUACAGUGAAAAACAAUUGUAAGAAUACCAUCUGGCCAGCAACAUAUACCCUCGGUCCAGGGCAACCCCAACUAUCAACAACCGGGUUCGAGUUAGCUUUUGGAGCUUCAAGGUCACUCAACGUCCCAACGCCAUGGUCCGGUCGAGUAUGGGCACGAACCUUAUGCACCAACCAUGAUGUACGACUCACCUGCCUAACCGGAGAUUGCAGCGGAGGCCUUCAGUGCAAUGGUACUUUAGGAGUUCCGCCAGUCACGCUAGUGGAGUUCAACCUUGCAAAGGGCACAAAAGGCACCCAAGAUUUUCUUGAUAUUAGCCUUGUCGAUGGCUUCAACAUCCCGACCUCAAUCACGACCCAAGACGGUUUAGAGAGCGGAGAGUCAUGCAAAUCUCCGAAGUGUCGUGUCGACGUGAACAAAGUUUGCCCUGUAGAGUUGCAGGUGAAAUCUAACAAUGAAGUCAUUGGCUGCUUGAGCGCUUGCUCUGCAUUUAACCAGCCCCGCUAUUGCUGCACUGGAGAGUUUAUUGGCCCCAACAAUUGCAAGCCAUCAAGCUAUUCACAGAUUUUGAAGAACCAGUGCCCAGAUGCUUACAGUUACGCGUAUGAUGAUAUGAACUCUACUUUUAGUUGCAGUAAUUGGCCAAAUUAUGUCAUUACAUUUUGCGGAUGAACUAAUGAAGUUGGAGAUGAAGACAAUGACUUGGUAGCAUGGGAAAACUACUUUAGAACAAGGCAGCAACAUUGUAGGGUGCUCUGGGUAUAGGAUUACGAAGUGUUGUAUUAUAACAUCAGGUCAAAGUUGGGACAAACUUCGACUGAAACGUCGAGACGGACUAUUCAAUGGACAAACUUCGACUGAAACGUCGAGACGGACUAUUCAAUGGACAAACUUCAAGUUUCUAAGCCUCAAAA